UCUCAUUGUGGCCAUCGCGUCCAUUGCGUGCAAUCGCCUCAUAUUAUCACUUCGGGGUUUCUACUUCCAGCGCGGAGUUGUGACCACCACUAAUAUGAUGACCACUCCCAGCUUCGGAGGAGCCGUCCAUAUCAAGAUGGAUCGUCUUAAUCGGGAGAGGACGUCGAGGCCCCACAUAAGAGGGAUGACAGCUCGGCGGUCCUCUCAACCGCGCAAUGAUACCUUUGACCGACAACUUGAAACGGUUGAAUAUAGAGGUUCAGCUCCAUUACAAGACGACGAUACCGUCGUCGUAAGCGGGGUCUCCGCUCCGUCGACUUCUUCUCAACCCAGUCGAUGA